GAGCCGAAAAGAGAAUUGAAAAGUGGACGUGUUGAUGCGAGACAAAUUGUUUUACAGCCAGAAACGUGUUCAGUUUAAAACGUCUCUGGAAUAUCGCGGAGCUAUACGGGAAUUGAAUUAUGGGAAUGCAAUAAAAUGGAAUGUCUGCUGACAUAGUUAAAGACCAGCUUUCUGGUGUUUGUGGAGCUUGUCCAGGAGAAGAGAAUCAACCAUGGACCUGGAUGAGUUUCCUCCCCCACCUCCUGAAAUGCUAGCAGACAGUGUACCAUUUGAUGAUGAAGAUGAAGGAGAACCUUUCGACUUUGACAGUGGCAAUGACAUCCCUGAGGUGCCUCCAGCACCUCUCAGCCUCCCCAGUGAGGAUCCCAGCCAGACAGACUCUGUGACUGGUCAUCCUGAGGGUUCUCACAGCAUCUUGGGCCCUCCAGCACAGUUCUGCGACUCGGCACCAACAUCACAAGACGCUGCUGUUUCCAUAAGCAAACCCUCCUCCGCAGGCAGUGAAACAACAGAAACUGAAGAGACAUCUGUUGCUGAGGGAACUAAUGACAGAGAAGAGGAUUUACCACCACUACCGUCUCCACCUCCUCCUGUUGGUUAUGGCAUACAGACAGAUCCCAGAAGCACAGACACUGAAGUGGAGAGUUCAUCUCUGAAUGACCCACAUGCUCCACAGGGUUUGCCCAGGACUUCCUCUCACAGUAAAGUCAACCCUUACUCUGUGAUUGAUAUCACUCCCAUUGAGCUGCAGCAAGAGCAGCAACACGGACCCUCCUCUUCCACUUCCUCACCAAAGGAGUCGAAAGUACGAGAGGAAGAAAGCCAGGAUAUCCACACCAGCUCAUCCAGCAUUACUUCAGGAUACUCUGUGCCUGUGCCAUGUGGCUAUGCGACCCCUUCUGGUGUACCGCUCAUCACACCUGCCUACACCACACCCGUCAUCAUUCGACAUCUCUCCGUGGAUGAAGAUGUGACAGUAGUCGGGACCAGCAACACUUCUGCUGACAGUGUUUUCAGUGAAGAGUAUCCAGCUAUUACAGAAGAAGAUGCUUUGGCUAAAUGGGCAUCAGAUCCUGCAAACACUGCUUGGAUGGAAAAUCCAGAUGAGGUGAUCUACGAUGAUGUCCCCAGAGAAAAUUCAGACUCUAACACAGAUCCAGAUGAGAUGAUCUAUGAUGAUGUGGAGCUCGGCGAGGAGGGCGGCUGCAGCAGCUCCCUCGAUAACGGCUGGAGCUCAAGUGAGUUUGAAAGCUACGACGAGGCGAGCGAUGGGGAGGGUCGUCCUGAGAAUGGCCUGCCCCAUGCAUUCAUGAGAGGAAAGCCACCACAGAGGAAAAUGCAUCUCUCUCAAGAUCUGACACGCUUGAAAGAACACUAUGAGAAAAAGAUGAAAGAGCUAAUGGCAAGUACAGUGGGAACUGUAGAGCUGCAGCAGUUAAAACAGAAACACGAGCAGAAGAUGCAAAAGCUGGUGAAGGCAGCUAAGGAAGGGACAAAAGAUGGGCUUGAGAAAACUAAAGCUGCGGUGAAGAGGGGACGUUCUUUCAUCAAAACAAAGUCAUUCUGUCAAGAGAGAAAGUUAGCUUGCUUUGAGGAUGAGUCUGAGGUCUUCAUCGAGGUGGACUGCUUCAACGUUGAGCCUGUGCUUCCACCAACUCCAGAGGGUCUCGCGCAGCAGCAGCUUGUGCGACGAUGUAUACUGGGCUCUAUAUUAGACAGUGAGAAGAACUAUCUCGAUGCUCUCAAAAGAAUUUUAGAGCAAUACGAGAAACCCCUUUCCCAGAUUGAGCCAAGGCUGCUCAGUGACAGGAAGCUGAAGAUUAUCUUUUAUCGUGUGCGGGAGAUCCUGCAAUGCCACUUCCUGUUCCAGAUUGCACUGGCAAGCCGUGUGUCUGAGUGGGACAGCUUGGAGAUGAUCGGGGAUGUUUUUGUGGCGUCGUUUUCUAAAUCCAUGGUGCUGGAUGCCUACAGCGAGUAUGUUAACAACUUCAGCACAGCAAUGGCAGUUGUAAGGAAGACAUGUGCCUCUAAAUCAGGCUUCCUGGAGUUCCUCAAGCAUCGUCAAGAAUCCAGCAGUGACCGCAUGACUCUUUAUGGCCUGAUGAUGAAACCCAUUCAGAGGUUCCCACAGUUCAUUUUACUUCUUCAGGACAUGCUCAAGAACACACCAGUGGGUCAUGCGGACCGUCUCCCCCUGCAGAUGGCCCUGACUGAGCUGGAGACCUUGGCCGAGAAGCUCAAUGAAAAAAAGAGGGAAGCUGAUCAACGCUGCGAGAUCCGUCACAUUGCGAAGGCCAUGAAUGAACACUACCUUAAUAAGCUUCUGAGUAACGGUAGCCGCUACCUGAUUCGCUCAGACGACAUGGUGGAGACUGUUUACAAUGAACGUGGUGAAAUCAUCAAAACGAAAGAGCGACGUCUCUUUCUGCUAAAUGAUGUCCUGAUGUGUGCCACGCCCAAUAUCCGAUCCCAGGAUGGCAGUGGGAGUGGCAGUGGAAAUGCUCCACUUGACCAGAAGUUUCUCCUGAAGUGGAGUGUACCUUUAAACUUUGUAGAAGUGCUGGAGUUUGGAUCCAGUGAGGAAAUGGUUGAUAAUAGCCGAUACCCUGCUCCUCACUCUGGGGAGAAGGUGGUGAUCAACGCUAAGCCAAACAAGCUUUACAUGGGUCCUGGUCAGCUGUACCAAGACCUGCAAAACCUAAUUCAUGACCUUGGUUUGGUCAACCAGAUAGCUGGUAUGAUUGGCAGCCUCAAAGGGAACUACCAGAAUGUAAAUUCCACUGUGGCACAGGACUGGGUUUCAGGUCUCCAGAGGCUGAUAUUGAAGAAGGAAGAAGAGAUCAGGGCAGCUGACCGGUGCAGGAUUCAGCUCCAGCUGCCUGGCAAAAACGACAAGGCCGGUAAGCUCACAUACUUCAGUGCGGUGUUUAAUACACUCAGCCCAGCCAUCAAACAGUCAUGGAUCAGUAACCUGCAGAUGGCAAAGUUGGCUCUAGAGGAGGACAACCUGCAGGGCUGGUUCUUUGCAGAUGAUGACGGUAAUCAUAUCAAGAAGCAGAAACACCCCCUCUUGCUUCGACAGAUGCCUGUGGUAAUGUCAAAACUGCAAGAGUUCAAGGUGGAAUGUGCUGUUCACAACCCAGAGCCAUACAUAAACACAGAAAGCACAGCCGACUCUCCUGUGGUUGGCCACGGAUGUGUCUGGGUUGCAAGUUGCACCAACCAGAUGGGUCAAAUUGCCAUAGUGGCCAUGCAGAACUCCAGCCCUAAAGUGACGGAGUGUUUCAAUGUGGAGUCCCGAAUCCUUUGCAUGGCUUACGUCCCAACAGAGCAACUUAAGGAGGAUGGUGAAAAGCUUCCAGAUAGCAAUUAUGCUCCCGCUGCAAAGGCCAGUGAUACUCCUACUGUCUGCUUAGGCAUGGAGGAGGGCAGUAUUAUUGUGUAUAAGAGCACGCAGCGGUCCAAGAAAAUACGUCUGCAGCAUUUCUUCACCCCAGACAAGUCCACAGUCACCAGCUUGGUCUAUAAAAAGCCCUGUCUGUAUGCUGGCCUGGUUAGUGGUGCCGUCGCCAUUUACUCCAGAUCCCAAGAUGGUUCUUGGAGCUGUGAGAAGCCCAAGUUACUGAAGCUUGGAGUCCUUCCAGUAAAGGCCGUGCUGGCUGUGGAAGAUCACCUCUGGGCCUCUUCAGGUGGACAAGUUUUCAUCAUCAGCACACACACACACUGUGUGGAGAGACAGCUGGAGGCCCACCAGGAAGAGGGCAUGGUGGUGUCUCACAUGGUGGUGGCCGGAGUGGGCAUUUGGAUCGCGUUCAGCUCCGGUUCAACUGUACGCCUCUUCCACACUGAGACCUUGGAACACCUGCAGGACAUAAACAUUGCCACAACUGUCAACAACAUCCUGCCUGGAAAUCAGAGAGUCUCUGUGAGCAGUCUGCUGGUUUGCCAUGGGUUGCUACUGGUAGGAACCAACUUGGGAGUGACUGUGGCGCUUUCUGUCCCCAGACUACAAGGGAUCCCCAAAGUAACAGGACGAGGAAUGGUGUCAUUACAUGCACACAAUGGGCCCGUCAAGUUCCUCACCGUGGCUACGGCGGUGCGUAACUGGUCGUCUAACCUUCCAUCUUCCGCUCCUUCCUCCUCACUCCAACACAUGGAGUCUGUGGAUGCAGACAGCACCCAGCCCAUGUCAGACACAGCUUCCAGUCCCCCUCAGGGACAGAGUGUGUGGCUGGGAGAGGCAGGCUGUACCACCAUGGCUCUUCAGGACUCUCUGUCCUCUUCUUCCUGUGGUUCCUUAGCUCCCUCCCAAGGUUCACUGGAGCAUGGCCCAGAGGACGGGGCGUUGUACGACUUACUUCAUGACCCCGCCCAUCACCAAAGGGGGCGUCGCUCCAGCAAGAUGGAUGUCAGCUCUCUGCUAGUUGUGUCUGGAGGCCUGGGCCACCGCAGAGUCAACAAAAAGACCAAACAGUCUCGCCACGAGGACAACACCUCCACCAUCAUGAUCUGGCAAAUCCCAUUACUGAACAUGCGACACCAAAACCCCAAUGGUGUUAGUCUGAAUACCUGAAAACUUCACAAAAUCUUUCUCAUCUUUUCUAUUCAUAUUUUUUUUUUUCCAUGUUGAACCAAAUGAUCUGCAUAUGGUCCUCUGUUGGCGGUCUGCUAGCAUUUCACCAAGUAUUUUGGAUCAAUCACAUCAACUAAAUGCCCCAUUUCAUACCAAAAUAUUUGCCUUCUGCUAUAUCGCCACAAUAUUCCAGCCUUGUAAAUGGGUUAUUAGUCAGAUCACUUAAUCACUUUUAAUGUUUAUGCAAACAGCUCCUACAAAUGGGUCAAAAAAUCUGCUGUGCCUCGUAACAUUAUGUAAUACCACUGAAACUUUUUUCAUAUGUUGCCAUUUAACAACCACACACUUCAAUGCAUUUAAUUGAACUAUUUGACAAUAGACCAACACAAAGUAUGGGGUUUCAACAUCUUUCAUUAAUGAAAUUCUCUUCAGUUGCAGCUGCAAGUCUUUAGUGGUUCAAAUCUGCCAGUUUUUAACAUCUAGAGACUGAAACUUAUCAGUUUUUAUUCACAAAGUUCAAGCUCUGUCUGAUUGGAAGUAACUAAUCUGUGAUUACCAAUUUCCUAGUCUUGACAUAGAUUGGGAAAUUGUUUUGGUUCUGCCUUUGAUUAUCUCAUUCUACUACAUAUAUGUCCUAAUCAAUCUAAGCCAUUUUAUUAUAGCUCUGACUGCAUUUUUAGGUGCAUUGUCCUGCUGGAAGGUGAACCUCUGUGCCACUCUUAAGUAUUUUGCUCUCUGUGUAUUUAAUCUGAUGCACAGUCGGUUUUUGCUUCAAGAUAUACUUUUGUGGGACAGAAGGUUAGGUUUUGGUGCUUGCUUUACGGAUUGUUGCAAACUGCAGAGGGUACUUUUUAUGGUUUUUCUGCAACAAUGGUUUUCUAGCUUCUUGUCGCUUUUCCAGAAAGGCAAAAUUUGUGAAGUUCACUACUAACAUUUCUAUCAACAGAUUAUCUCAUUGAGUUCUGGAUCACUGCAUGUCCUCCAAAGACAAUUUUUGUUGAAGGCGACAUCUUGCUAAAUUUGCUGCUGUGCCACACUUUUUCCAUCUUUGAAUGAUGGACUGAGCAGUUUCAGUAAAAAACGAUGAAGUUAUAUCUUUGAAUGAUGGACUGAGCAGUUUUAGUAAAAAACGAUGAAGUUAGUGGCUGUAAUAAGACAAAAUGUGGGAAAAGUACAAUACUUCUGCAAGGCACUGCACUGCAAAAAACGGAAAUUAUCUUGGGGAAAAAACUGAAAAGUCUCUAAUUUUAUAUUGUGUUUAUUGUUUAUCUGUGAUGUGGCUAAAUCAUGUUAAUUUUCUCGGGUGUGUGUGCUAGACUGCAGUAUUUAAAUCAGUGUUGAAAGAUAAGGGUCAAGUAAUGACUGGGGCUUGGAGGGAGUGCAAGGUAAGAAUGGAGCUUUGAAACAGCCUCAGCAUGGAUUAGAUCACCCAUCAGGAUCAGAGUUGUAAAUCUGACGUGUUAUGAAUCAGGAUUAGGUGUAUGAGCUGAGAGAACUUUGACUUUUCUGUAGAAGGAUUUAUACAAAUAAGCAAAGUUCUGAUGGUUGAAUUUUUAUAAGAAGGCAUCUGAGCAUCCCUGGCAGGCCAGGUUUCUGUUCAUAGAGGACAUGUGAUGUAGAAGGUUUCUUUUUUUUCUGCCUUUAUGCAUGUUUGUUUCCCAUAUAUUUAAAAAAAUGAUAAAAGGAUUUAUACUUUGAAAACAUUUGUAUGUACCUAUGUAUAUUAACAAUUCUAUAAACAGUGUUUUAUUAAGCAAACUUUGGUACUUUUUGUAAAGUCGUCUUUAAACAACUUUGAGAAUAUUCA